AUGCCACACACGGGUCUCAUGGACUUCCAGGCGCUCAUCCUGUGUGGCCCUGGGGGUUCACUCAAUACAUUCACCUCCAGACCCGAGGAGUAUCCAAAGUGCCUCAUUCAAGUCGCAAACAGGCCUAUGGUAUUCUACGCCAUUGACUUUUGCAGACGAUCAGGUAUCACUGAUAUCACAUUGAUCACCCCUCCAAUGUCCUUCCCUCCCCUUAGGGCCGCCUUGGACCAAAACCCACACCUGACAUCAUUCUACUCGCCCUCGGUCUCGAUAAUCGCACCAAAAGACCUCGAGAUGACAAUGGGAACUGCUGAGCUGCUCCGUCUCCCCGAAGUCCAGAGAUGUAUCACCACCAACUUCCUCCUUCUUCCCUGUGACCUCAUCUGCGAAAUCCCCGGUGAGUCAAUCCUCGAGGCGUGGAUUGCCAAUCAGUAUGUACUCGACGACAGCAGGGAUUUUAAUGGAGUUCACCAUACAUCCGCUCCAACCACUUCCUACUUCGAUCGUCAGCUGGAAGCUCGCUCCGGUGGUCUCGCCGUGUACUACCAGACCGACAACCGAGAGGAGAGUAUCCAGGAAGAAGCAACCGAUUUCAUAGCUAUUGCACCGCUCCAGCAGGAUGAAGCACCUGUUGUCCCCGGCCCUGAGGGACCGCUGAUCCCACGGUUCAGCCUCUCCAAACUCCUCAUGUCAACGCCGAUGGAUACAAUCAAGGAGAAACUGAAACAAGACAAAGGCCUGCUGAUCCGGCAUUCCCUCAUCCAGAAUUGUCCGCGUAUCAGGAUGCUGACCACCUUCCGCGAUGCCCAUGUUUACGUCUUCCCCUACUGGGUCAAAGACCUAGUCCACUACCAGAAGAAACUGGAAUCCGUUAGCGAGGAUUUGGUUGGCACCUGGGCCAAGUCAGCAUGGCAGAGGGGUCUCGGCGAUAAGCUAGGAUUGACCAAGAACUUCAAUGAAGAUACCACCCCUAACGAGGAGCGAGAAUUCACCCCCGAAAGCGAUCAUACUGGCGCAUUCGUCGACAAAGUAAUCGACAUCAGGGACAUGAGCACUACCAGAACGCGUUCUAACUCCGAACUUCAGCCAGAGCAGUUCUAUCAAUCUACUGAGCUGCCACAAAUUCUCGCCUACGUGCACCGAGGAUCAACCCCGUUCAUCCGACGAGUCGACAACACAGGCGUCCUUCUUUCAACCUCCCUUUUCCUGGCAAAACUCCCAUCUAUCGAGGAAGUCGGCCGCACGGCAGCGUCGCCUUUCGCACACUUCCAUAAAGUUGCAUACCCUGAAGGCGUGGCUUCGCCUAGCACUAUUACGAAGAAGGAUUGCUUGCUCGGAGAGAAUGUGACUGUUGCUUCGGGUGCUGUUAUCAAGGAGAGUGUGAUCGGUGCGAACUGCCAGAUUGAUGGCGCUGCCCGCAUCAUUCGCUGUGUUCUCAUGGAGGGCGUUGUCGUUGAGUCCAGGGCUGAAUUGACCGGAUGUGUGAUUGGUCGCCGAGCUCGGAUUGGUCCUGAAUCUGUGCUGAGGGGGUGUGAGGUCCAGGAUGCUAAUGUCAUUCCGAAGGAAACGAAUGCUAGGGACGAGAACUUUAUGGUUUCUGAGGAGUUGUGUGUCUAA